CUACACAGUGGAGCGAGCAAGCAACACUCUCUCUCCUCUCUCCUCUCUCUCUCUCCUCAUCUGAGCCGAAAGUGACGAGCCAAUGAAAACCAACAAUAUCAUCAUCAGCAGCAACAAAACUGUAUGAAUCCGAAAGCAAAAACAAGAAAAGCAAACCAAAACCAAAACGAGAAACAAAGCAAAACAUACCGCUAGUGGUUUACCUUUUGUUCUUCUCCUUACUCCAGCUCCAAACCCUCUAACUUUCAGCUUCCAAAACCCAAAUCCCGCACGCAAACCAUGCUGCUUCAACCCUUUAAGUCCUAGAAAAUGUCUCGUGGGUUAGACAUGGAAGCCAUCGAGAUCGGCGACACGGUGACGUUUCCUCUGGUUCUCAGGCCGUAGAACAGAGAUCGGUCUAACCAGCUGGGUGUACGAGGAAUCGUUCCACUCACUGAUUCCACUCGCUCAGUAACUCGUGUUUAUCAUCUCAAAACGAUUAUUGGGUAGUGGUCGUUUGGGGAGCAGAUCGGUUGUGGUUGCUGAUCUCGAAAUAUUUGUACAGCUUCUUUGUGUUUGGUGCUAACUCCGUUCCAGUUAAGGGUAGUGCUGUCCCUUGUCGGUUAAUCUCCAUCCUCUAUCCUCGAAAAGUUUAAUUUAUUUCUAAAUAAUUAGCUAUCAAAGUCUGCAAGUUUGCACAUUUGGGUGCAGACCCAGUUGUCGUUUUGGUCUGUUUUGGAGCUCUGAGGGUUUGAAAAGUGGUUUGGUCUUCUGGGUUUGGUGUAAUUUUCUGUGGGUUGGAAGUGAUUUCUGAGCUGAGAAUUUGGAAAUGGCUAUGUCCUGCAAGGAUGGUAAUAAACAUGCAUUGGAUAAUGGCAAGUAUGUGAGGUACACACCUGAGCAGGUUGAAGCCCUCGAGAGGCUGUAUCAUGAUUGCCCCAAACCCAGUUCGAUUCGUCGCCAACAGCUUAUUCGGGAGUGCCCGAUUCUCUCCCACAUCGAGCCAAAACAGAUUAAGGUCUGGUUCCAGAACAGAAGAUGUAGGGAGAAGCAGAGGAAAGAGGCUUCGCGCCUCCAAGCUGUCAACAGGAAGCUCACUGCUAUGAAUAAGCUACUAAUGGAAGAAAAUGAUAGGUUGCAGAAGCAGGUGUCUCACUUGGUGUAUGAAAAUGGUUACUUCCGUCAGCAUACCCAGGGGACAACGCUUGCAACCAAAGACACAAGUUGUGAAUCGGUGGUGACGAGUGGCCAACACCAUUUGACACCUCAGCAUCCGCCAAGGGAUGCAAGUCCUGCAGGACUUUUGUCCAUUGCAGAAGAAACUUUAGCAGAGUUUCUUUCAAAGGCUACUGGAACUGCUGUUGAGUGGGUCCAAAUGCCUGGAAUGAAGCCUGGUCCGGAUUCCAUUGGAAUCGUUGCUAUUUCUCAUGGUUGCACUGGAGUGGCAGCACGUGCCUGCGGCCUGGUGGGUCUAGACCCUACCAGGGUUGCGGAGAUCCUUAAAGAUCUACCUUUGUGGUUGCGUGAUUGCCGUGCUGUAGAUGUUUUAAAUGUAUUGCCUACAGCAAACGGUGGAACCAUUGAGCUGCUCUACAUGCAGCUCUAUGCGCCGACAACUUUGGCGCCUGCCUGUGAUUUCUGGCUGUUGCGCUAUACUUCUAUUUUAGAGGAUGGCAGCCUUGUGAUUUGUAUGAGAUCUCUGAAAAACACUCAGAAUGGUCCAACCAUGCCUCCAGUGCAGCAUUUUGUUAGAGCAGAAAUGCUGCCUAGUGGAUACCUUAUACGACCCUGUGAAGGGGGAGGUUCAAUCAUACAUAUCGUUGACCAUAUGGAUUUGGAGCCUUGUAGCGUGCCUGAAGUCCUGCGCCCAUUGUAUGAAUCAUCAGCUGUACUUGCUCAAAAGAUGACAAUGGCGGCUUUACGUCAGCUGAGGCAGAUAGCGCACGAGGUUUCCCAAUCUAAUGUCACAGGUUGGGGAAGACGCCCUGCAGCUCUACGAGCAUUAAGCCAAAGGCUUAGCAGGGGUUUUAAUGAGGCACUUAAUGGAUUUACUGAUGAGGGGUGGUCAUUGAUGGGAAAUGAUGGCAUGGAUGAUGUUACUAUCCUCAUAAACUCGUCUCCUGACAAGUUAAUGGGCUUAAACCUGUCCUUUGGUAAUGGAUUUCCAGCUGUCAGUAAUUCCGUCUUAUGUGCUAAAGCAUCGAUGCUGUUACAGAAUGUACCCCCUGCUAUACUUCUUCGGUUCCUACGCGAGCACAGAUCAGAAUGGGCAGACAACAAUAUUGAUGCUUACUCAGCUGCAGCUGUUAAAGUCGGGCCUUGUAGCUUAGCUGGGUCUCGAGUUGGAAGUUUCGGAGGUCAAGUUAUACUUCCCCUGGCCCACACUCUUGAGCAUGAAGAGUUCUUGGAAGUCAUUAAAUUGGAAGGUGUUGGCCAUUCUCCUGAAGAUGCAAUGAUGCCGAGAGAAAUGUUUCUUUUGCAACUGUGCAGUGGAAUGGAUGAGAAUGCCGUGGGUUCCUGUGCUGAACUCAUUUUCGCUCCCAUUGAUGCUUCUUUUGCUGAUGAUGCACCUCUUCUACCGUCUGGUUUUCGCAUCAUUCCUCUUGAUUAUGGGAAGGAAUCCACCAGUCCAAAUCGCACCUUGGACCUUGCUUCUGCUCUUGAAAUUGGGCCAACUGGAAAUAAAGGAUCUAGUGAAUAUUCUGCAAAUGCGGGUUGUGUAAGAUCUGUGAUGACUAUAGCAUUUGAAUUUGCUUGUGAGAGCCACAUGCAAGAGCAUGUAGCAUCCAUGGCCCGACAAUAUGUUCGCAGCAUUAUAUCAUCAGUUCAGAGGGUGGCAUUAGCUCUCUCUCCUUCACAUUUGAAUUCACAGGCUGGUCUUCGGUCACCACUUGGUACUCCUGAAGCGCAAACACUUGCUCGUUGGAUCUGUAACAGUUACAGGUGCUAUUUGGGCGUGGAGCUGCUCAAAUCUGGCAAUGAAAGAAGUGAAUCCAUCCUCAAAUGCUUGUGGCAUCACUCGGAUGCAAUUAUGUGCUGCUCUCUGAAGGCAUUGCCAGUUUUCACCUUUGCAAACCAGGCAGGGCUCGACAUGCUGGAGACCACCUUGGUUGCGCUCCAAGACAUAACUUUGGAAAAGAUAUUUGAUGACCAUGGACGAAAGACUCUAUGCUCGGAAUUCCCCCAAAUAAUGCAACAGGGUUUCACAUGUCUUCCAGGUGGCAUCUGUCUUUCCAGCAUGGGGCGACCGGUGUCAUAUGAGAGAGCGGUGGCUUGGAAGGUGCUGAACGAAGAGGAGACGGCUCACUGCAUGUGUUUCUUGUUUGUAAACUGGUCUUUCGUCUGAUAUCGGGACCAGGUCACAAAGACUAGAAGACAUAAUAUGAUAGGCUUGAGUAGUGGAAACUUUGAACCCUUCAUGUUUAAACUAUCUCCUGUCCUUUUGAUGUGAUAAAAUGCUGUAUGGAUGUUAUGACUUAAGUUUUCUUAGAUUCUUGUUGCGUACUC